AAAAGUUCAAUCUUCCGGGAGGUUGGCAACACUGUCGGAAAAACGAAGAGGUAAACAGGUGUUUUUCAAAACUGUUCACAAAUCAUCAAAAGAAGAGAAAUGUGGGAGAAAAAUACAGUCCAGAGACGAUGACUGCAUAAAAAACCAAAGAAGGGGGGCGAAUCGACAGCUUCUGGUACCGCCAGGCCGGCCCGCAGUCCUACAGUAGCCAAUUUGUCCGUCAAUCGGGCUCCCAGUGUUUGUUUAUAUCGAGUGAAAGUUUAUUUUGGCCCCUUUUUGCCAUGAAAAAGUAAGUGAAAUACACAAAUAAUCAUGCCUCAUCAGUACGGUUUACCGGGCAUUGCCCAUGCACAAUCGCCCCCAACGCCGCCCCCUCAACACGGGGCCAUGUACCCCCGAUUCACUGGGGCUGUAGUGCCUGGAGGCUACCGAGGAGAAGACAGAAGACUCACUAGGGAGGCCAUGGAAAAAUAUCUACGAGAACGCUCUGAUAUGGUUAUAGUAAUCCUGCAUGCCAAAGUAGCCCAAAAAUCUUACGGUAAUGAGAAGAGAUUUUUUUGUCCACCACCUUGUAUUUAUUUGUUUGGAGACGGCUGGAGGCUCCGCCAAGAGCAAAUGCUUCGCGAAGGUGAACUGGAACAAGCCUCACAAUUAUGUGCAUUUAUCGGUAUAGGAAAUUCAGAUCAGGACAUGCAGCAGUUGGACUUGAAUAAUGGAAAACAGUAUUGUGCAGCCAAAACUUUAUAUAUUUCAGACUCUGAUAAACGAAAACACUUUAUGUUGUCAGUGAAAAUGUUUUACGGGUCCGGGCACGAUAUCGGUGUUUUUCAUAGUAAAAGGAUUAAAGUGAUAUCGAAACCGUCGAAGAAAAAGCAGAGCCUCAAAAAUGCUGAUUUGUGUAUAGCCAGUGGGACUAAAGUUGCACUGUUUAACAGGUUGAGAUCUCAGACUGUUUCUACUAGGUAUUUGCAUGUGGAAAAUGGACAUUUUCAUGCCAGUUCCACUCAGUGGGGUGCCUUUACUAUUCACUUGUUGGACGAUAAUGAGUCUGAAAGUGAAGAGUUUCAAGUGAGGGAUGGAUAUAUUCAUUAUGGGGCCACUGUGAAGCUGGUUUGUUCAGUUACAGGCAUGGCAUUGCCUAGAUUGAUAAUUAGGAAGGUCGACAAACAACAAGCACUCCUAGAAGCAGACGAUCCAGUCUCCCAACUACACAAAUGUGCCUUCUACAUGAAAGACACCGAAAGGAUGUACUUGUGUUUAUCACAGGAAAGAAUAAUCCAGUUCCAAGCGACGCCUUGCCCUAAGGAGCCUAAUAAAGAGAUGAUCAAUGACGGCGCUUGCUGGACUAUCAUCUCUACUGAUAAGGCUGAGUAUCAGUUUUACGAAGGAAUGGGACCUGUAAGAUCCCCAGUUACCCCAGUACCAAUAGUCCACAGUCUACACUUAAAUGGAGGAGGCGAUGUAGCAAUGCUAGAACUAACCGGCGACAAUUUUUCACCAUCCCUCCAAGUUUGGUUUGGUGACGUUGAAGCCGAAACAAUGUACAGGUGCCAAGAGAGCAUGCUCUGUGUAGUCCCAGACAUUUCCCAGUUCAGAGGCGAAUGGUUGUGGGUCCGACAACCAACUCAAGUCCCAGUAUCUCUAGUCCGGAACGACGGCAUCAUUUACGCAACAGGACUGACGUUUACGUACACUCCGGAACCCGGGCCGAGACCUCAUUGCAAUCCCGCCGACGAAAUAAUGAGGCAGGGACAAAGGACGGCUGCUGUUGCGCAGGCGCAGAAUCAGUCAGCCAUAGCUGAGUCAGCUUGGAGUCUGCACUGAGUUAAUCUUAUUUCCCUUAUUGAAGUUCCUUUAAACUCACAAUGAAGAGUUGGAAGUGCAAGUUGAAACAAACCUAUUGAAAUGUGACAUUUUAUAAAAUAUAGAAUGUAGACAACACUAUGAGUAGGUAUUUAUUAGUAUACCUACUCACUUUGAAUUUUCUUAGAGCAACGAUCAACGAAUUUAUUUUGCAUUUAGAACAAUUUUUUUUUUGUUUGUGUAGACACAAUUGUGAGAAGUUUUUUGUGUAAAUAUUUUUAUAUAUUAUACAGUAUUUUUUUUUCUUUUUUUUUUAAAUUGAUUGACAGCUUUAUAUUGUUUUUUUUUUUUGUGCAAGACUUUUUAAAAUAAUAUAUAAUAUAUCUUAUUUAUUUGAUAUUGAAUUGUAUUUGGAAAUAUGUAUUUUAUUUAUUAAUCCUAUUUUGUUUCAGUACUUUUCUAUAGUAGGUCACAGAAGUAUGUAAAAAAUAAAUUUGGG